AUGUGUACACCAAAUUUUUAUGCAGCUUUGGGCGUGCGCGAAGAUGCGCCAAUGAGGGAAAUUUGCCAAGCCUACCAGCAAUAUGCUCCACUAUGUCAUCCGGAUUCGCAGGACUACGAUGAGACGAUGCUCCCGAUCAAGGGACUCACGCAACAAGAGUACUGGCUGCUGAUCAAUGAAGCGUGCGAGGUUUUAACGAACGCAGAGUGGCGUGCCCGCUAUAAUGUUGGUACACUGAAGCAGCACUUCCCGGUGUAUGAGUUCAGCGGCAACUGUUUGGAAUUAUACAAAAAUUUUGUUAUCAAUCCCUGUUCGUUCGCACUAAUGCCGCCUGAUGAAAACAACAAUCAAUCUCAUGUGCUGAAGAUAGGAUCAUUGUUGACGGUACCUUCAUUGACUUUUUUUGUGGAGUUGGAAGUUGAAGAAUUGUUCAAUGGGACAACGAAAGAGAUCACUUUCCCGAGAAUCGAUACCGUCGAUGGCAGGUACCGUACGAUAAUUCAGACGUUGUCCAUCCCAAUCACACCGGACAUGCGCCAUGGUGGUGUCUUUGAUUUGAAAGGUUUUGGCCAUUGGGUCGAUGAUAUGCGGAGUGAUGUGUUGGUAGUGCUGCACCUAAAGCCACACAAAAUGUACACCCUUGACGGGGAUGAUCUGGUGUGCAACAUCAUCGUACCACUGUCCAUUGCAUUGUUUGGUGGGAUUCUGCAGAUACAGUCGAUUGACGGGAAGACCUUGACGACUGCCAUAUACCCACCAUUCCCAACGGCAUUUCCGUUGGUGAAACGGUUCGAGGGCGAAGGUUUGAAAACAGCCACUGGCCGCGGUAACCUGUUCGUAAAUAUAUUUCAUAUCUGGUUCGCGACGCGGAACGCAUCAUACACGCGAUCGAACGUAAGCAGUGAGCCAUAUGCACACCUGUACGCUCAACAUCCGCCACACACUGUAGCGAGCGUAAAAUUCAUCAAUGGAACCGCCCGCGCGAUUUCCCGCGUUAUCACGUUGUUCCUGCUACUUCCCUCCAACACAGCGCCUUAUAACACUUUAUCUACCCUCAGCAAAACGUGA